CUGCGAUUUUAGGGUUUAUGAGUGUUAAUGAGAGGAGCAUGGCGUGAUGGCGUGGUGUGGUUAAGGAAUUUUGUGUUUUGGAAUUAGAGUGGAUUAAAUUUGUGCCGGAGUGAUGACAGAGGCCGUAGCUAGGCAGCUGCGUGAUGGAGUGGCAGUUGGCGAACAAGCGCCGGCCGUGAUGGUGCGGGACACAUUGGACACUCGAGCAGGGCCAGCAAUUUCCGAUCAUUUCUUUUCUUCCCUUUGCUCUAAUAUUGAAGCUGCACGAGCUCAGGCCAAGGGAUUAGUGGCUGUGGCAUUACGCCGCACCCCGGAGAGCUAUACGGUUACAUCCCCAUUUAGGAAGGGCAAUUUCAAGCCUGGUCACUGGCUUCAGGUCGUAGACUGUUACACUGAUCCACUUGGCUGGAAUAAAGUGGCGGAUCCUGGGAAAGAAGACAACUCCAGUCAAACAGAUUUGCCCACUCAAAUUACAGUUUGUCACGAUGUGACCAAUUUGACGAGCCUUCUCGCAUAUGUCCUCGACUCAGGGCAAGCUGCAGUCGACAACCGAGCGACAGAGCGAUUUGUCGUUCUCAUCGACUCUGUGAGUGUUCUUCUUCGAUACCACACACUACCUGCUCUUACCAGUUUCCUAAGUGCUCUACGCUCUUGUGGGCAAGUGUCAGCAGUUCUGUGGCUUGUGCAUGCUGAUCUGCAUGAAUCAAGGGUGGUAGCUAGCAUUGAGUAUCUUUCAACAACAGUGAUUCAUGUGGAACCUCAACUUCAGUUACCCUCAGAAGCUAAGAUUUUGAACCUACGACGGGGAAGGAUUCGAGUCCGCACAAAAAAGCGCAAUGGUCGCGUACGAGAACAGGUUGAGGAGUUCUUCAUUGAACUAGUAGGUGUCAACUUCUCGCCCGUUACUUUAGUGAAGGAUAUGAAUCCACCGACGGUGAUGAAGACUACUACACCCAAGGUACAGUUUAAUUUGGAUCUUUCGGAGAAAGAGCGAGAAGAUAGGUCCAAGGUCAUAUUGCCAUUCGAGCAUCAAGGGGACGGAAGGGAGGCGCAUAUCUACGACGGAAGACCAGAUCCAGUUGAUUCUCAGUUCAGAAAGCUAGGAUUGAGCAGAAAUCCCUCAAAGGACAAUGAUUCCCAAAAUCUUGGGUCAUCUCAGGGUGUUGUAGGAGAAAUACACUAUUUGAGGGAUUCGGAUGAUGAACGACCAGACUCUGAUGAAGAUCCUGACGAUGAUCUUGACAUAUAAAUAAAUAAUAAUUGUUUGCACCGCAUAAAUGAUAA